CCUCCUCCGCCGGCACCGGCGCCACCCACCGAACAGGAAUCCGCCGACGACUCGCCCUGGUGCCCUCCUGGCUCCUACCCGAACCUGACUUCCUCCGCCUCCGCUGCCGUCUUCCCCUUCGGCCUUCGCCCCUUUCGUCCCCGCCGAGCGACCACCGUUAGCCACCGCCCCAGCUCCGCCAUGGACUCGCUCCUCGCCAGCUACGCCUCUUCGGACGACGAAGCCGACGAGGCCCCACCUGCCCCCGCCGCGGCCCGGGGCGGCGAGGCCGGCGCGAAGCCCCCCACCGCCUCCUCCGCUGGCGGCGGCGGAAUCUUCUCCUCGCUACCGCAGCCCAAGUCCGCGGCUCUCUUCUCCUCCCUGCCGGCGCCCAAAUCUGCCCCUGCUACCGCUGCGGCCCGGGGCGAGGCGGCCGGGGCGAAGCCCCCCACCGCAUCCUCCGGUGGUGGCGGCGGAAUGUUCUCCUCGCUCCACCAGCCCAAGCCCGCGGCUCUCUUCUCCUCCCUCCCGGCGCCCAAAUCCGCCCCCGCCCCGACCUUCUCCUCAAUCCCGGCCCCGAAGUCCUCCUCGGGAAACCCGAAGCUCGUCGUCCAGUACCGCCCGCAGCCGAUUCGGCAGCCUACGGGCGACAGCUCCGACGACGAGGAGGACGACGCCAAGAAGCGCCGCGCCAGCACCCCGGAGGCGCGCUUGCCGCCCGUGUCUGCUGGAUCGGGUCCCGUGUCCUCGUUCCUCCCGCCGCCGAAGCACUCGCUUGGGCUCGGCUCCGGCGCGGGCGCCGGCGCCAGGAGGUCGGCUAUCGACACGGCGGCGCCGGAGAGAUCGAAUCUCGGGGCCGCCGUUCCUUCAGGUUCCAUUGCGAACACUGAUGCGCCAGAAAGGCCUGAUACUGGUGCUUCGGAUGACGACGAUUCAGAGGAUAGCGGCAGUGAGGAAGACGUGCCUGUGCCCGAGCAGCAGGUGGAGGGGCAAGAAGAACAGCAGGGUCUCGAUGCUGAAGCUGGAGGCCAGCAACAGCAAGGCUAUGAUGCUGGAGCUGGGAGCACUAGUGGAUAUGAAGCUUAUGCGUGGGAUCCAAACUACUAUGCUCAAUACGGUGCGAGUUAUGGCUGGGAUCCUAGUGCCAAAGCAAAUUAUAUGGCUGGAGAACAGUAUGCCGCAUAUGGAGAGCAAAGUGGUGGGUAUGUUCAUUCACACGGAGGGGAGCAUGGUGGUGGAUACGAGCAUGUUGCGGCAGCGCCAUACGGAGUAGAUUAUACUGGAGGAUAUGGCCAUGAGGUGGCAGCACCAGUGCAAGAACCAGUGUUGCCACCUGAGAUGGGUAGGAUUGGAGGGAAGAGAGGUAGGAAUGAUAUGCCAGCACAGAUUUUAGAGGUAGAUCAGGCAGAGCUGAUGAAGAAUCGACCAAAGCAGGAUAAGUCCAAGCUCACUGGGUUGGCCUUUGGUCCUAGUUAUCAGCCUGCCCCAUCAGCGAAAGGAAAGCCAUCCAAGUUGCAUAAAAGGAAGCACCAGAUUGGUUCUCUGUACUUUGACAUGAAGUCAAAGGAGAUGGAGCUUGCGGAGAGGCGCUCGAAAGGCAUUCUUACAAAAGCAGAGACUCAAGCAAAAUAUGGCUGGUGAGCAUGUAAGAAUUUUAGUACGUCUCGAAAUUGAAAUGAUUGUGAAUUCUUGUUGCAAAUUUUGUUGUAAGAGUUACAGACGAUAUAAACCAAUUGUAGAACAAAUAGUUCAAUGAUCAGUCGAUAUUUGUGCUGCCCAGCUUGUAUUGUGAAUUAUAUGAUGUUGGCAUGAAAUGCCCGCCUCCAUAUCA